ACCUCAUAAAUGAAAUAUUUUAUAAACGAAGCGAACAAAACGUACAACUCACAUUUCUAUUUUUGUUUUUCAUUCGCUUUUUCGAAAAAAUCAUGCAAAUAAAUGAACAAACCAUUCAAAAUAAGACAAAUAUCCAAAUCUUAGAAUAAACAAUUAUUGCGGAAACAAGAAAUUUGGAACCAAAUAAAAUAAUUAAAUUGAAAAAUAUUUGAGAUUGUUUGUGUGCUUGUGCGUGUGCGUGUGCAUCGAAAUAUAGUGAAGAAGACAAUAGAGAGUGCAAUAGAAGAAGAAGAAGAAGAAGUCGAAGACAAUGAGACGAAGAAAAUUCAUGAUCAUUUUACCGGUUCAGAUUAUCGUUCCAUAUGAUUUGCGAGACCGAAGUGAGCGAAAAAAUUACAAUGACUCGGAAUCGACAGAUUUUGAUGAUGAAUUCAACGAUGGUUCAAACCAAUCACCGCCUAGGACCGCAGAAACGAUCAAAUCAGUUGAAACGAUCAAAAUAGUCAAAACUAAGGAACAGGACGAUGUCUCAGUGGGUUCAUCGAACAGUCCAACACCAGUGUCGAGGUUAUAUGAGGAACAUUGCUACUCGAAUGUCUCACAUACACAGGUUCGAAAUAUCGUUGAUGUUAAUAAUGCACGUUCCAAAAACCGAGAAAGUCCCGAAAAUAUUCCAAGUUGUUCACAUCAUAAUUCGAUUCUCCAGACUGGUUUACCUUCAAGCUCAUCGAGCAACACAAUUUCACAGCAUGAAAAUAUCGAAACAAGAGAUGAUUCCAUGCAGCCUUUGGCGAAUUCAUCACCUCAGCUGACGAUUGAUGUACCAACUUGUUCAUAUCAUGAAGACACACGCGCAAAUUUCAACUCAGAACUCCAAUCGACAACGAUUUCAAGUUCAUCGAGCAGCACGUCUUCUCCAAAUGAAAAUACCAAAACCAGAAAACGAAAAAAAAUGAGAUAUGAGAUUGAAAAAAUGAAAGAAGAGUGGAAUAUCGAAAAACAGCGAAAGGAAUUCGAUCACGAGCAAUGGAUGGCCAAAUCAAGAGAGAAUCAUGAACAGGAAAUGGCCAGAAUGGAUAGGGAGCACGAACAAAAGAUGGCCAGAAUGGCGAAAAAGCAUGAGCAAGAAAUGCAAAAAAAAGAAAAAAAAAGAAAAGAAUAAAUACAAACUAAAAUGUCAGAAAUAUGAUAAAAGAAAUCAGAACAAGUGAGCCAAUUCAAAAAUUUAAAAAGAAAAUGUUAUAGAAAUUCCUUCAAUAUUCCGAACAAAAUAAUAAAAUAUCGUAUGAUUUUUCCUUUAAAAUAAAUUUGUAUAAUAAAGAUAACAACUCAGAGAAA